AUCCACAGAAACGACCUACUGCAAACGAAAUUUAUUUAAGACUUUAUCAUCUUUGGAGUUAUAUUUAUAAUAGUAAAAAAAUUGAUAAACUUCAUAUAAAAGAAAAAUUCAUGGCUGCUGAUAAAAUUAUUAAAACAUUACCAGAAAUCACACGACACCAUCCAGAUUCAAUGUAUACUAGUAGAAUUAUUAUUACAAAAGAGCUAUUUAAAGGAAAUCCAGAAACUACAAAAGAAGAUGUAGUAGACAUAGACCCUAUGGUAUCUGGUUACAAUUUAGAAGCCUUAGAAAUAUUUGAUAAGGAUCUACAAACCUUGAGAGA